GAAAUGUCUACAAAACUAAAUGCACUGGAAGACAAAAUCAAGGUCAAGAUCAAGAUGAGUACAGAAAGUUGAGCAAGGAGGAAAUGUCUACAAAACUAAAUGUACUGGAAGACAAAUUCAAUUGUCUAGCAAAGAAAGUGGGUCAAGAUCAAGAUGAGUACAGAAAGUUGAGCAAUGAGGAAAUGUCUACAAAAUUAAAUGCACUGGACAAAAUCAGUUGUCUAGCAAAGGAAGUGGAACAUUUGAAUAAGAGAGCGCCAGAACCUAGAAUAUUAAAGCACGCGGUUUGGCUAAAUGAACCCACUGAUUCAUCAAAGUUAACCCGACCGGUAUUAGAAGAAGAAAAAUGUUUAGGUUUCCGUGAAAUUUUAAAACAAACGAAUGAAAGAUGUAGACCUAAAUAAAAUAAUAAAACUUGAGUGUAUUUUAUUUUAAUUUUGUGACAGCUAGUAAAGUAAAACAGGGGGUAAAACGGAAAAGUAUGAAAUAGCUAUGACAAUGUUUA